GUGUGAUUUUAGUCUGAGCUGUUAGUACCAUAUAAGCUUAUAUAUAAUUAGUUGGCAAUUUAUAUAUUUUUUCUGUUUUUGCUACAAUUUUGGGACAUGUUUCUUCCAUAUACGAAACAAUGUGUUGUGUUUAUAAGCUAACUUUGUUUUCAAGUCUGAUAAUUGACCCUUUAUAUCUGAAGGAAGAUGUGUAUAAAUCUUAAGAAAGCUGUGAUUCGUUUCUACGUGUGUUUUGCAUUAGGAUAAGUAUUUUAGAGGAAGAUUUGAAUAAGGAGAUGAAGAACUCGGUGUCAGAUCACUGCUUUUACAUUGACAGUGAAGGAGAUGAUGAUGAGGAGAAGGAAAACAGAAGCGUAGAAGAUGGGAAUGAGUCUGAUUUCUCGGGUUGGGAAGCCGAGCAGCGCCAGGAGCAGCAGUUUCAGCCAAGUUCUUACAAUACACAAUGGCCUCAGAGUUACAGGCAAUCUAUUGACAUGUAUAGUAGUGUACCAUCCCCUAGCAUUGGGAUUCUAGGCACUCCACUAUCAAAAUUAGGAGACUCAUUUCUUUCCUCAUCGUAUCUCUCCUCAUCACUAACGAGAAGGCAGACUCCUGAGACAUUACCAUUUUUGGCAAAACCUCCGGUACCUACUCUUGGUGAGCAACAACAUGAGAGACCAAGUUCUCAAUCUGUACACUCACAAAUUCCUUCAAGGAGGUCUUCAAUAAGAAAAGAUGAUAGACCGAGGAUUGACCAUCAUCCAAUGUCUAGCCAGAGCUCAUUCGCACAAGCUGUGCUUAAUGGUAUCAAUGUUCUUUGUGGCGUGGGAAUUCUAUCGACACCAUAUGCAGUCAAAGAAGGAGGAUGGAUUGGGCUCUCCAUUUUGUUUAUUUUUGCAGUGCUGUCGUUCUACACUGGAUUGCUUCUGCGUUACUGCUUGGAUAGUCAACCUGAGCUUGAGACUUACCCGGAUAUUGGCCAGGCUGCAUUUGGUACCCCAGGUCGUAUUGCCAUAUCGAUAGUACUGUAUGUGGAAUUAUAUGUUUCUUGCAUAGACUAUAUAAUUAUGGAGGGUGACAACUUGUCCUCACUAUUCCCAAAUACACACCUGAACUUGGGUGGAUUUGAGUUAAAUGCACACGUUCUGUUUGCGAUUUUCACCACCCUUGCUGUUCUACCUACUGUUUGGCUUCGAGACCUCAGUGUGCUCAGCUAUAUUUCAGCUGGCGGAGUUAUUGCGACCAUCUUGGUACUGCUUUGCUUGUUUUGGGUUGGUCUAGUAGAUGAUGUCGGCUUUGAGAGCAAAGGGACUCCACUGAACCUUGCGACUCUCCCCGUUGCUAUGGGUCUCUAUGGUUUCUGCUACUCAGGACACGCUGUAUUCCCAAACAUUUAUAGUUCAUUGGACAAACCAAACCAAUACCCUGCAAUUCUCUUAACAUGCUUUUGCAUAUGUACUUUCAUGUAUGCUGGAGUUGCUGUCAUGGGUUACACAAUGUUUGGAGAAGCAACAUUGUCACAGUUUACUCUAAACAUGCCUCACGAUUUGGUUGCCUCAAAGAUUGCUGUGUGGAGUACGGUAGUUAACCCAUUUACCAAAUAUGCAUUAUCUCUAAAUCCUGUGGCAAUGAGUCUGGAGGAGCUGAUACCGGCAGAGAAGUCUCGCAUGUACUCUUUCUUCAUUAGAACAGGCCUGGUGUUCUCUACUCUGGUCAUAGGUCUUUGCAUACCUUUCUUUGGUCUCUUGUUGUCGUUGAUCGGAUCUUUAUUCACAAUGCUUGUAACCUUGAUACUUCCUUGUGCUUGUUAUCUGACUAUCCGCAAGGGACAAGUUACUCGUUUUCAGAUGAUACUUUGUAUUAUAAUUAUGACAGUAGGUGUGGUAGCAUCUGUAAUCGGAACAUAUUCAGCUGUAUCUAAAAUCGUGGAGAAUUUGAGCAGCUGAAAUUUUUGGGGACAUUACUUUGGUGGAUCGGUGAGAGACACCAUGAUUCUGUAUUCUAGAUUCGUAAGAGCUAUUAUUAUACAAUCUCAUGGUGCUCAGUUGCAAUGUUGAGUUACAUCUAACUGUCUAAGUUAUGUAUCCCCCAUCCCCAUU